GGAGUUAAUGCGUGCUGCACUAGCACUGAUGUAGCGGCCGCGCAUAGAUUUCCAGAAGCGGGACGUUCCUGAUUCCGGGACGUUUCACCCGUUUUUGCGACUUUAUUGUUUUCCUAAGGACUUUAUACUACCAUGAAGCCCUGAGAAGUUAGCUGGAAUAUAUUACAAUCGAUUAGUCGGAUUUAAAAUGGCGGAGAAAGUGAUUAAAGUUGGGAAUGCUGCGGGCAAACCUGUGCCCAUGAAGCUGUUCGCGACAUGGGAAGUCGAAAGGACCUCGCCCAACUGUAUCCCGAGGUUGUGUAGCUUGCGGCUGACACGACUAGUGGUUCACAAAGCUUUAGAGAGUGAUCUCAAUUCAAUAAUAAUAGCUGUCAGAAUGCAAAGUUCCAAGAGAACAUUGCGGUCAAAUGAAAUUUUCUUGCAGCAAGGCAAAAUUCUGGACACGGUCCUUGACUUGUCAUUUUCAUUACAGUAUCCACAUUUUCUGAAGCGUGAUGGAAACAAGCUAAGAAUUAUGCUUCAGAGGCGGAAGCGUUACAAGAACAGGACGAUACUAGGCUACAAGACGUUAGCAGUUGGACUUAUCAAUAUGUCAGAGGUAAGAUUUUUAACCACAUAAAAAAGUGUCAGUAAAGAUAUUAGAUAACAGACAUGACAUGUACUUGUAAAAGUGAAGUUUUAAAAACAAAGUGUAAUAUGUAGAAGUGUGGUGUUAUCAUAAAUUUGGUUGAGUUAAAUUAGCAUUGUGACUAUUGAAUAUUGAAGCGAUGAAGAAAAAAAUCCCCAUUAGAUCAAUUUCAUUUAGAUGAGUAAUUGAUAGUGUAGUCCUAAAUACGUACAUGUAGGCCUAUAAUGGGAAGGAAAGUUGAAAUCCUAUCUUUGUAGAUUAAAAUUUGUCUCGUUUACAAACAUGUUUAUCGUUUGUGAUAAUUUUGUCAUGUUUAUUGUAAAAAUUUACUUCGACUGAAAAUUGUAAACCAAAUUUGGGAUGUCUCUUUUGAAUCAAGUAAAAAAAUAGAUCACAAUUCAUAUGUAAAGCGUAACCUAAUGUACAUGUACAUGUACAUGUUUGUGUGAAUAGUUAAAUAUGAAAUCUACAUGUAUGUGAAGAUGCAUGUAUGUCAGUAUGUGUACAUGUAUGUAGGUUGUGGUUGCAGGUAAAGGAAUAGCUACAAUGUACCGUACAUGUAUGCCAUAUGGUCAAUAUUUUGAGAGACAUUUUUUUUGUCUAACCUCACCUGUUGACAUUGACUAGAGGUAUUCAAGGAACCUUGAAAGUGUUUUAUCGGCACAUAUGUUUACAUGUGUAUGUAAUAUAAAUCAUGUGCCACAAUGAUUGGAAAUUAUUGCAGUUAUGUAUAAAUGUACAAUGAGUUGUUUGAAUGCUUAAUUUAUCCACAUUUCAUUGGAGUGUGUACAGAAUGCAGGAAGCUAGUACUUCAUCAUCAUCUUCCAAGUACUUUUAAUGAGUGUUCUAAUAACAGCUUCAAAUUAAAUGUAAUACAUGGUUCAUGUACAAUGUACAUGUACUUUGCUAUAUAAAGCCAAUCAUAAAUCAUAUAAUGAAAAGCAGCUACAUGUACAUGUCCUUUGAGAAGUGAAGGGAACAAGCUGACACAGCUUAAACAGGGGAGCGUUCAUAAAAGGACUUGUCUGACUUUUUUUAAAUCUGAAAAGUCUUGUUUUAUCCGGCAUUAUGAAGUGCUUCUCAGCCAAUCAAAAUCAAGGAAAGUUGUCAGAUCUGACAGUUUGUCGGACAGAUUGUUGAUGAGUGUGUGCAGUCAGUCCUCUGUAUGUAUACAUGCAUGUACCUGUAUGUAGGCAUAUACAGUAUUAAUAGAACAUCCUUGAGUGGAAAUAGGAGUAAACCAAAAAAAAAAACCAAGAAUAAACCACUUUUUAAGUUGUUACAGAUAUCAGUGAUGAUUGAUAAUGUUCAUUUAAACUUUAAUGGAAACUUACAUUGUAUUUCAGUUAUGUUCGGUUCAACUUCUUUCACAGGGGUUUGGUUUUUUAUAUGUAUUUGUAGUUACCUUUUGGUAUCAUGUCGAGAGUGUUCAAGAAUUUUGGACAUUUGUAAAUGGAAAGUUUGUUUCAUGUAGUAUUGUGACUUUAAGCAAUUUAGUUUGUUGCACAAAAUAAUUGAUUUAAAAUGUUUGGUAUAACAUAUAGCUGCCUCCAUAUUCAUAUUGAAUGCAAUGUUGACAAGUGACAACAUCAUCCUGAAAAACACGCAUUUAGAUGUGUUGUGAUUCUACCAGAUUCAUUGUUGCAGAAGUUGCUUCAGCACAACAUAUAUCUCAAUCAUUUUUUAUUCAGUGUCAAAUUGCAGAAGAUGACAGACUUUAAUUGAAACAUAUAUUCCAAGGUUAAUUCAUGAGGACAGUGAUGGAUAAGAAUCAAAGGUGACAAAAAAUAUUGUGAAAAAUUAACAUCUUUAGAAAGUGUCAUUUCUACAUAUAUGUUUCCAAGCAAAAAACCCCCCAAAAUAUAGAAAAACACAGUUACUUCUAGCAAAAGCAUGAGAGUACAUGUAGAAGCACUCAACUUAUUUUUAGAAAAAAUAACUGUAAAAAAAAUUAAUACAUCAUCGUGACCAUAAAGGUUGGCUGUAGAAUAGUAGGAAAAAAAUUUGAGUAAACUGUCUACAUAUAUCCAAAGUUUUCUGAUUGACUGCAUAAAGAAACAGUCUUUGCACUUAUUGCAGUGCAAACUUUUUGUUUAUGAGUAGUGUGAGUACCUUAUACACUUAUUUUCACCAUCAGUAUGUAAAAACAACCACCAAGCACUUUAUGUAUGUUGUAUACAUGUAGGCUGUACAUCUUUAUACAGUACUUCAAGUAGAAGCUCUUGGUGAUUAAUCCUCUUCUGAACUUCCAGAAGAACAAUACAACUGCAGUCUUUUGGAGAUUGAAUCAAAUAUUGACAUUGGCUGAUUUGAUCUGAGGUGAUCUGUUUUCUCAGUAAAGUUUGGUCACCUCCUGUAACACUGCUGUUUGUUUACAUGGCAGGCUGGUGGUGUUCAACUCUUUGUCCAACUCCAGAAUAGUCUUUCUUUGUAUCAACUUUAUACCCCCCCCCCCCCCGCAAGGAAAAAAAUAUAGGCCUACAUGUAUGUGAAUUCACCGGUUAAACACAGUGAGAAUCAUUUCAUUCAAAAUUUGAUUGUUUCACAGCAUAGAAAGUUUUGCACAUUUUUAGUGCACAAAGAUGAAAAUACAAGUAUGAAGUAAAGUAAAGUACAUAUGUGCACUUUACAUGUAGCUACAAGUACUCUCCAUAUUAUUGUUGAAAUUAUCUCAAACUACUUGAAAGUUUAUGAACAAAGUCUACAAAAAAGGCAUGAUUGUACAAUGCCAUGGUGGCAACCCACUCAAAUAUUUAAGUGAUUAAUAAUUUGCUUCAGAUUUGAAUGGCUUGGCAUAAAAAAAUGGCAAUAUGCUUUAUGCAACCUUUGUGUUUAACCCUAUAGCACCUACAGAUUCCUAUGCAUAAUGGCAAUUACUCACUGGAGGAAACAAUAAAACUGGUAAUAAGUAGGCAUUGUUCCAAACAAAUUGAAAUAGUUUUUUAUAAAUUUACUUUUGUUCAUUACAACUACAAGUUAUAUUUAAUCGCUGAUGUGGUUUACGGUACACCAUGUGAAGUGUUGUAGAAACAGUGGAUAGGAGAAGAGAAGAAAUGGAUAGGCGAGAAAGUGGAGUGGAAAGUUAUAUUUAUUUUGUAGCAUAGGACCUGUUGAAUAGAAUGGUACAUGGCAAAGUUCAAUCAGAUGUACGAAUAUUGACCUUUGACAAUUGUUUGCAGAGCGAG